CAGUUGAUGUCAAGAUUAUGGUGUUCAGUUUGUAGUAAUAUUUAAAUUUAAAUAGUUAAAAUGUAGCCCGAAGGACAUACGUCACACAUCUAUUUAGUUGUCGGCUAGACGAAAUAGACACAUUGUGUUGUGGUACCUUGUAGCGCGUUUCAGUUUCAAAUAGAAUUAGAACUCACUUCUCUAAUAUGUUAGCUAAAAAGCCACACAACGAUUUAUGCUAUCUAUAAAGGUUGAGUAACGUUCUAUUUUGUUUUGAGUUUUACGUCCGGUGCCGCCGUCAGACUUUCCAUUAGACGGCUAGCUUCCAGCACGAAACAAGCUCUACCUAUGCUCGGGUUCGACGAACUCACGCCAGAACGUGUUCCUAAAAUUAGUAGGCAAAUAUGUUACCCACUAAUCUACCACGGGGACAAGGCUAAAUAGACUGAGUCAGUGCAUAAAUGCGUAUGUCCAUAUAGUAUACGUGUUACUCAUUUCUUCUUAUAAUAAGUUGUACAAAAGCUUGUUCUAGAUGAGUACAGUUUCUAUAUUUGUUUUUGAAAGAUAGCCGAGCACAAUUGAAUGAUUUGGUCAUGCAGUGGCAAACCAUUAUGUCUGUGUGGUCAGGUCUCCAUUCAAAAUAAUCUGUAGCGUUUGAAUCUUAACCAGGACUAAUGGUACUGUCCCCAAUCAAAGAUCUUUUUAUUAAACAGCGUAAAAGCAAGUUGUGCGUUUCAUUUGCAACUAUUUUUAAAAAUGCAUUUUUUAAUUGACAUCAGAAAUCAAAUUAUAGGAUAUCAGCAGUUGGCUAACUAAUAAAUACACACAUAAUUUAUUGUCACGCUUUGCAAUUACCGCUCAAGAAGCCGAACACUUAGAAAUCAACUGUUACUUUGACGAAAACGUGAGGCCACGAUUUUCUGUGUUGAGGUUACGUGUGAUCUAGCUCUAAAGCGACAACCCACCAAAGAAGCAUCAUUUCUUGAAAUUCGAUAGACCUAGGUGAUUAAUUUGAAUCACACGCUCUUUUACCCGCGGUUAUCAAACGUACAAACGCCAAUAUCGGUCAAGAAAACUAGCGGCUUGUCAAACCGCAGACCUCUGUGGAAAACAAGCUCAGAUUCAUCAUGGCAGCAAACACCUAUCACAGCCUCUGCCGAUGGGUACCGACCUGUAGGGCAGCAAUUCCCCCAAACGCCGUCAACGGGGGAACAGAUUCGACGGGCGAGACACUCUACAUUGGUCGUACGAGACAUGAAGACGACUUAAUACCUGGAAAAGUUGUGCCUUCACACGAAUGUUGCUACGUGUCGUGGGGGGGUCUCGAAAAACGCUACGAUGAAUAUGAGAUCCUUGUGGCUGAACAUGAUCAUGAGUUCACAUGGGCUUCGUGCCAAGGCGGCGAGCUGCCUACUGGGGCGAUUCAGGGUGGUGUUACAGGUGAUGCGGAGAAACUUUUCAUCGGACGUGCCGAGCAUGAUGGAUCGCUGACCAUUGGAAAAGUCCAUCCUUCGCAUAAGGUGUGUUAUAUUCCCUAUGAUGGAAAAGAGAUCCCCUGUGAGUACUACGAAGUACUGGCGUGCAAAAGUAUCAAUCUUGCUUCCUAGCCUUUUUUUUGCAUUUAAUUUUCUCGUUCGUUAUGCGUUAUGCGAAUAUUACAUUGUUAAUAUUAAUCUCGGUCUAACGGUGGUCUUUUAACUAAAAAAAAAAAUAAAGCAAAUGUUUCUCUGACGAAGUGUGAUAUCUCGUUUAUCGUUGACACCUUAUCCCUAUAUAA